AUGAUGUAGCUAAAGUUAGCCCCCGUCAAGUUAAUAUAUAAGACCCCAAGGGGCCGAUGCAUACAUGUCAGUCCCAUCGGCUUGGUGUACAGGCUUCUCUUCUUGACCAACAACAACCCAACAAACUUUAGAGAUGGCACCCAAGAAGGCCAAGAGGAGGCAGCAGCAGGGUGAGGGUGGAUCCUCCAACGUGUUCUCCAUGUUUGAGCAGAGCCAGAUCCAGGAGUACAAGGAGGCUUUCACAAUCAUCGACCAGAACAGAGACGGCAUCAUCAGCAAGGAUGACCUCAGGGAUGUGUUGGCCACCAUGGGCCAGCUGAACGUGAAGAGCGACGAGCUGGAGGCCAUGGUGAAGGAGGCCAGCGGCCCCAUCAACUUCACCGUCUUCCUCACCAUGUUCGGCGAGAAGCUCAAGGGUGCUGAUCCCGAGGACGUUAUCGUGAGCGCUUUCAAGGUCCUGGACCCCGAAGGCACCGGCAGCAUCAAGAAGGAAUUUCUUCAGGAGCUCCUGACCACCCAGUGUGACAGGUUCACCAGUGAGGAGAUGACCAAUCUGUGGGCUGCCUUCCCCCCCGAUGUGGCUGGCAAUGUGGACUACAAGAACAUCUGCUACGUCAUCACACACGGAGAGGACAAGGAGGAGUAGAUCCCUUCUUCUCUUCAGCUCUCUACCUCUACCAACACUCUGCCACCGUACACUCGCUCUGUUUUCUCCAACGCUGUGACUUCACUUUCACAAACUCUCUCGUCCAACAUUUCCGCUCGCCAAAAGACUUCUCUACUUUGCCCGAGACGCUGUGGACGGGUGCGGUUUGUGAACAACAGGAGAACAUGGGAUUAUUUUCAAUAAAAAUAAUCUUAUGACAUUGAAACUC